AUGGGGCAGAAGCAGCUCCUGUGGUUGACGAUAGCCGCUGUGCUAGUAGAGAUGAGCAUUCAGAUCACUGCAAAAUCUGGAGCAGAAGUACUCCAGAGUAAGAUAGCUAAAAGAGAUUUCCAGUUGUGUGGUAUCGACCUGCAAAGGCAGAUACGCUUUAUUUGUGGAGACAGUGACUGGAAGAGGAGAUCCCUCCAAGCGGAAAGUUAUCCACAAGUUCCUGGCAGUCGGAAUGCAGGUCAAAUGGCUGGCAAAGAAGGCCUGAAGAAUGUGAAGUUUCAGUCAGCUCCAGCUCCUGAAGUAAACGGGCUUCAUGAUGACCAUGAACAGCUUUCUGAACCAACCUCAGGAAAUUCCCAGGAAUUAAAAAAACACAUUUUUACAGCUGUAGAUGGUGCUGCUCAGCAGCGCCCUGAUUCAGUUGUGGGGACCAGUCAGAUUGGAUCAGAUUUCUCACAGGACAAACAACCCAUAAAAAAAAGUCAAACAUAUCAGGAGAUGGCAGACAAGUGCUGCAAUGAAGGGUGCACUGACCAAGAUAUUCGUCAAGUUUUCUGUCCAGCUUAA